AUUGAAUAAAUCCACACGAAGAAGCUCCUGUGUUAAUAAUGUGUUAUCCUAUUCCCCUCGUACAAGGUUUGACAGUUGUUUUCAUUCUGAACCAUAUUAGGAUGUCUGAGUGGAAAAAUAUUUAUCUUUUUAAUGGCUUUCGCAAUAAUAAGAUCAUGUAUUAAUUAAUGUUUCACACUAAGGUAUAUUCACAAGUACGAUACUUUUUCGACACACUUAAGCUUACGUUUUCAGUCUUGUUGCAAAUUAGGAUGUUUGAGAGGGAAAAUAUUUUUUUAGACCCUGCAAUAUCGUCCUUUGUUAGUUAGUGGUUUAUCCAGUAUGUUUUUUGCAUAGUUUAUCAAGUAGUUUUCAUUCUGAACCCAAGUUAGGAUGUCUGAGUGGAAGAAUGUUUACUUUUAAACAAUGGCCUUUGCAAUCGUAAGAUCCAGUGUUACUUAGUGCGAUACCCUACCCUGAACGGGACAUUGACAAGUACCUUCCGACCCGUUUUUCCAGACAAUUUGUCAGACGGUCCCUAAAAAAGAAAACAGUCUAUUGUUCCAAUAGCCGCUCAGCGCUGGACGGACGGAGACUUGCAGUGCGGGGUUCGACCAAAGAGGGCGCUGCACGCACGGCAGGUCGGCCUCCGCGGCCUCCUCAUCUUUUUGUCUCAGAACAGGAUCCCUCUGCCGCUCUACAGUGUGUGCGAUAGCCUCGGCGCCGCGUCCGUAACACUCUGUCAAACCACUCCAAACGAAUACAACCGCGACCAAAAAGCAUUAAUCGAACACGUCCCGCUAUGGCGCGCCUAAUCCGCCGGUAGGUCGCUCGUAUUUGGGACUGUUCGUUUGGAACUUAGUCCGGGUUUGAAUCGGGUUCGCUCGCUGUGUGCAUCAGUCUUUAUUAGCGAGCCUGCCGCUCUUCUUGCUACCAGCUAUUUCUUUAACUUUUUAAACACUCAGCUUCGCGAAUGACUGAGCGCCGGCGGAGUAUGGGAUCGGUGGUGUCUUAGGAAGCAACCGAAGUGGGCUUUAACCGUUUUUGCAUGCAAAAACAAUGGCAAAUUCGACGGGAAAAAAUCUUCCAGAUCAGCGAAGGAAGGGACAGGCUUUCCUGGACGAGCUGCGGCAAUUUCACCAAAGCAGAGGAUCGCCGUUCAAGAAGAUUCCUAUCGUGGGUGGGAAAGAGCUGGAUCUGAACGCUCUCUAUUUCAGAGUCGUCUCUUUAGGUGGAUUUGCUAAGGUGUCUGACAAAAACCAGUGGAAUGAACUCGGGGAAGAGUUUAAUUUUCCAAGGAGUUGCUCCAACGCUGCAUUCGCUCUAAAACAGUACUACCUUCGAUACUUGGAAAAGUAUGAGCGAGUCCACCACUUCGGCGAGGACGACGACGAGGCGCAGCCGGGGAACACCAAGACCUUCCUCCCAGUCGGCGCCAUUCCCACCUCUUACAACUACCAGCAACAUGUUGUAUCAGACUAUCUCCGCCAAAGCUACGGGCUGUCUACUGAUUUUGUUCCGCCGUGCGACUACAACAAACUGGUGCUGUCUCUCCUAUCGGGCCUGCCCAACGAAGUGGACUUCGCUGUCAACGUUUGCACUCUGCUCUCCAACGAGAGCAAGCACGCCAUGCAGCUGGACAAGGAUCCCAAAUUGGUCACGUUGCUACUGGCCCACACGGGUGUCUUCGACGACUCGCUAGGCAGCUUCUCCGGGGUGUUUGGUAUCGACUGGAAGGCAAAAACGUCACGGGAUUUCAUCAGGUUUUGGAAGGAGGUGGUGCAGGAUGCCGAAGUCCGGGAGCUCAUCUGGGACAAAAGUAGCACGGCACAAGAUGGUACAUCAGUAGCAGAACGUUGGCAGAGCCUCUUCCACCCGCCGCGGAACCUGGGCAUCAGCGACAUGGAGGCCCAGCGGGUGCUGCAGGUCGCCGUCAUCCUGCGAAACCUCUCCUUCGAGGAGGCCAAUGUUAAGCUGCUGGCGGCCAGCCGAACGUGCCUGCGCUUCCUUUUGCUCUGUGCCCACUGUAACCUCAUCUCACUCCGACAACUCGGGCUCGACACGUUGGGCAACGUGGCUGCCGAGCUCCAGCUCGAUCCGGUGGACUUUCGGAUGACCCAUCUGAUCUUUCACACCAUCACCAAAUGUUUAAUGUCCAGAGACAGGUUCCUCAAAAUGAGAGCCAUGGAGAUCCUAGGCAACCUGAGCAAAGCGGAGGACAACGGCGUGCUCAUCUGUGAGUAUGUGGACCAGGAGUCGUACAGGGAGGUAAUGCUGCUCCUCACCCUGCCUGACCUCAUGCUCCUCAUGGCCUCGUUGGAGGUGCUCUACCUGUUGGCUCAGCUCGGAGAGAUUCCCUGCAGCAAGAUUGCUUCUGUGGACCGUAGCAUAGACCUGCUCGUGAGGUUAGUUUCUGUCGACCUUCAUACGUUUGGACCCGAUGCCUUGACGGCGGUACGGUUGAUCGAGCAUCAGGCCAAUGCCGAGCAGGCGACAGAAGUUCGACCGCAGCUGGUUGAGCAGGUACCUGCGGCCGUGCAGGCAGCGCCAGCCACGACAACACGUGCUCCAGUUCAGUCCGCACAACCGCCACCUGGCAUAGUUGAACUUGACGGAGAGAAAUUUACAUUGCAAUGGCUAAAUGCACACUUUGAAACGAACGCCGAGGGCUCGGUAUCCCGGUCGGAUAUGUACUCGGAGUAUCUUUCCACGUGCAGCAAAAUGGGACGAAGUAACAUCUUGAACUCCACUGGCUUCCUCAAAUGUCUCCGGACUGUGUUUCCCAAUCAUACGAUGCGGCGGCAGGAUGAAACCAAAGCCAAUGGCCCAGUUCACAUCCUCCUGGUGGGGAUAAGGCGGAGGUCAAUACCGCUGCCCGUCCAGCUGUACUACCAGCAGCCUCAGCAACAGCCGGUGCCAGGUGCAGCGUCCUCUCCUGCAGUUCGAACUGAAGCCCCCGCCGAACCCCAGGCUCCGCCUCCAGGUGUACCUCCUGGAAAUCCGCCACAGUUAAGCCGGCCACCGGCCCCGAGCUUAGGUGGCGCCACUCCAUCCGGGCCCGCCAAUGUGAAGGAGACCCCCAGUGCAAGCCACCCUGGUGUUUCCCAUCAUCCAGUGGCCCAGCACGUGCCUCUGCAGUUAUCAUCAAACACUCACGCAUUAGUGCAACAACAACAACAACAGCAGCAGCAAGUCUGGGCCGGUCCAGUGGUCCAGAUUCCAACCACAUCUGUCCCGACAUCCCAGAACCACAGCCCCCAAAACCCGGCUGUCCCACCUGUAGUUCAGCAGCACUCCCCCAUGGUCCCCACCGGGACACCAGUCACGCUUUUUCAGCAAGUAUCCCAAGGCCACAUCCUCACCGCCAGAGUGCAAAGUGUCUGCCCCCCAAUUUCCCAGCACCCGCCCCUCACUCAAACGCCACCUCUGCCCUCACCGCAGGGACCCGCUCCGCACAUAGACCCUCAGUGCGUCGCGGGUUCAUCCGCACCAACCUCUUCCAUCCAAGCGGUGUCAAGUAAUCCGGUGUCGCCCACUUCUGCCGGGUCCCGCGUCACAUUUCAGAAUAUUGCCCCCAAACCAGCGCCAAACCAGUCCACUGGCCCAGCAGUCACGAUAGCCAACCAGCAGCCUCAGACACAGGCACAGAGCGUGGUAAUAGUCGGUCCCAGUCCUCAACAAAACCAAGCCUACACCCCAGCCAUACACCAAAUUGUUCUUGCCAAUCCCGCCGCCCUUCCUGGUGGCCAGUCUCUUCAAAUAGCAGGGCAGCCCGGAGCUCCUUCCAGCCCGUGCCCGCCUGCCGUGUCCCACCCGAAUCCCCUAGUCCAGCCCAAUCAAACCGUCAGCCAGGCACUGUCCAUCAAGCGACAUCAACAAACGAUUCCGCAAGCUCCUCCCUCUCAGCCUACCUCCUCCGAGUCCAGCUUGAUCAAACAGCUUCUGCUUCCAAAGCGAGGGCCUUCCACCCCGGGUGGAAAGCUCAUCCUGCCGGCGCCGCAGGUGCCCCCUCCCAACAGCACGAGUUCCCAGGUCAUCUACCAGACGGCCUACAGCCCCCAGGUGCCCCCUCCGCAGCCUCAGCAACUCAACGUUCAGCUGGUGCCCAGUCAGGUCCAGCUCUUGCCCGGCCAGCUCAUCUCUACAAGUAGUCCGGCCACAAUCAUCCAGGCCCCCAUGGCGGCCGGACAAGUCACAUUUACUAUGGUCCCUAACACUGGCUUUAACACCUCCACCGCAGCUGUCGCCGCGGUUAGCCACGGCGCUGUGGCCCCGAGUCUCCCGUCGCCUCCGUUCUCAACGGGAACCGUGCCCCAACAAGCUCCUGCAGUCCCGCCGCCUUCGCCGCUGCCGCAGGCUCCGCUCAGAGGCGACAAGAUCAUUUGUCAAAAGGAGGAGGAGGCCAAGGACGCCACUGGCUUGCACAUCCACGAGCGGAAAAUCGAGGUCAUGGAGAAUUCCUCGGUGGCCGACGGCGACUCCUCCAAUGGGAAGACCAGUAACGGGAAUGUCGGGGUAGGUGCCAAGCUGCUAAACGGUCGCAAGUGCUUGGAGUCGAAUCUACCUCCAUACCACUCAGGGAACAGCCAGGGGAUGCUAAACGGUCCGGCUACAGAGAGUCCACCCGCUAAUGGGAAGCAGGCCAUCUCCCCGGGCCCGGACGCCGCCCCGGAGGGGAGCCCUGACCCUAAAAAGACACUGGUCAACGGGGUGUGUGACGUUGACCGGGGCGGCAGUGGAGUUAUAAGCAAAAGCAUUCCAAAUCACAUUGCUUCCAAGCAGUACUUGGGGAAUGGGGAGGUGGGGCCCACCGAGAAAAGUCGCAGCUCAAGUCCUCCUGCUCCCAGUCCUCCCCUCCAGCAGGACUCCGCCAAAGCCCAGCAGGCUGAACGCCUGGCCAAUGGACCUCAGGCAGUGGGCACCAGGCCGCCCUCGGAAUUCACAAAUGGACCUUUAGGGCCUGGCCACGCCGUGCCCGUGCUUAGGCAGCAACUGCUCCCCAAUUCCACCCUACCCCCCACCAUUCCCAUUUGCUCCCAGACAACCUCCGCCUCCCCUUCAAACGGCGUCGCCUCGGAAGCCCGGGGCGUCAAGAGGCCGGCGGAGAGCGAGGAUCGCGCGGCGGGGAUCCCCAACAAGGUGGGCGUGCGGAUCAUCACCAUCAGCGACCCCAACAACGCAGGCAGCAGUUCCACGAUGGUGGCCGUGCCCGCGGGAACCGACCCAAGCACAGUAGCCAAAGUAGCAAUAGAGAACGCCAGUCAGCAGAGGAACUGCUCACCCACACAGGCAGGUGGCUCAACGCCGACUGUUACCCCGUCGCCGCCCCCCGCUCCCCAGCCCGCAACGGCAGACAGCAACAGCCCUCAACUUCCCUCAACGCCGCAACCCCCCACGGCACCGCCCGAGCAAACUAGGAAAGCGGGGCAGAACUUCAAAUGUCUUUGGCAAUCCUGUAAACGGUGGUUCGAAACGCCCUCCCAAGUGUUUUACCAUGCGGCAACGCAACAUGGCGGCAAGGAUGCAUAUGGCGGCCAGUGUCAGUGGGAAGGAUGCGAUCCUUUCCCGCGACAGAGACUCUCGUUCAUCACGCAUCUUCAGGAUAAACACUGUUCUCGGGAAGCUUUGCUGGCUGGACUGAGAUUGGAGGAACAGCAAGCGCAAAGCCCCAACCCGACUUCUUCCCAGACGCCGCCGGUGGCAGGCAGUACUCCGGCAGCGCGACCACCGAAAGCAAUCGUCAAUCAUCCGAGCGCAGCUCUCAUGGCCCUCCGCAGAGGUUCUCGAAACCUGGUCUUCAGGGACUUCACGGACGAGAAGGAGGGACCAGUGACCAAACACAUUAGACUAACUGCUGCCUUAACGUUAAAGAACAUCGCCAAGCAUUCGGACUGUGGUCGCAUGCUGGUAAAGAAGCACGAGCCACAUCUCUCCGUGCUUGCACUAAGUAACAUGGAGGUGUCCACCACGCUCGCCAAAUGCCUUUAUGAACUGACACGUUCGCUCCAGGCCUAACGCCAAAAGGACAACUUCGAGAAAGCCCUCCGUCAUCCUCACACGUCCGCUAAGGCGAGAGGAGCAAAGCCGCCGGUGAGCUGUAGCGAGUCUGGAAGGAAGCAGAGCGCAGGACUGAAGAACCUCCUUCUACCACGCCUGCCCGUCCCGCCCUCCAUUCCCCUCCCGACCGGUCCAUAGCUCCUUCAACCUGUGUUUGAAACCCCGCCAUGUCAACCCAUCUACACUCUCAAAAACUGCCACGGGGUCUUCCACCAGCUGCCCAUCACGGGGAGCUCUUUCCGACCGCUUCCCUGAGGGACUCCACUGACUAAACCCCGCUAAAAAAUGAGCACCAAACACGAGCACAUUUUGUCAAGGUUUUUAGUUUUUUUUUGUCCCCCAACCCCCCAUCACAAUCUGACGGGCGAGUUAUGACUGAAUGAUAACCAUGGGGUUUGGGAGUCCCCGUGUGAGAGGGCCGGGCUUUGGAAGGCGUCCCGCAGGGUUGGGAUAGAGGAGGACUCGGCUAGCAACUGCCGCAGAGUUUUGUUUGUUUGUUUGUUUGUUUGUUUUUCUUUCAAAAUUGGUAGCUUGGUUUUCUUACUUGAGUCAAUAUAUUUUCACUUAUUUAUUAUUGAAAUGAAUACCAUUACAAUUAAUGAAAUGAAAUCUUGUAAAUAUGUUGUGAAUAUAUAUAAAAAAGAUCCUCUUUCAUCACAAUGCAGCCACUGGAGAACUUGCUCUGUGGUGUUAAUAGAAGCAUUACUUUGGUAGGAUUGAAGAAAGUAGUGUUUUUUUUUGUUGUUGUUGUUUUGUUUUUUUAAAUGAACCCUGGUCACUUGUAUCUAAUGUGAUUCUAUACUCAGCAGUGGAUGAAUGUACUUAAAACCCUGUAAAUACUUCUGCAAAGGUACUGAUGCUGUAAAGCCUAGGGAGAGGGAAAAAAAACCAACAGUUUUUUGUGGGACUGUGACAUUUUGUAUUAUAAUACCUUGUAGAACUCAUUUUGCUGGCUGAAAGAGUAUGGAAUAAUAUAUCAUGUCAUUUUGUAGAAGAAAAAAAUAUUGAAGGUAUUUCCCCUUUCUGUUUCUUCACAUCUUCCCCUCAAUACACACACACACAAAACAAGUGACAUUUAUCUAUCCACUGUAAACGUUUUGUUAUUGGACGGGCACGGUGCACGUACCCAAAUUAUUUUUUUUUGUAUUUGUAAAUUGGUUUAAAUACAUGGAGUUUUUAUACAGGUUUUCUCCUGUGUUCUUUUGCUUUACGUGCAGGUAUAUUUUCUUCACUACUUUUUUCUAUCUUAAUAUAGUGUGGAGUUUUAUUGUACUAUUUUUUCAUUCUUAAUACCCAUGCCACAUUCCGGCUCAUGUCCUCAAGACUGUCCUCUCUACCGUGUGUUGUGUACCAUUUAUGACUGCCUGUCCUAUUAGCAUCUGACCCGGGGUGGGGUGGGGGGUGGGGGGGUUGCCACAACCCUACCAUCCUCAUUUCUGCCGUGUCUGUAGAAUGUGUGACUAAACAUAGACCUAACAUAAUUCUGUUAGAGAUUGGCUUUAUUUACUUUGGUGACUGUUUAUAGUUUUUAAAUAAAAACACUGAACGUUU